UAAUCUUUUAGUUCAUCUUUUCAUUUUCCGCUUCUUGAUUUCUUUUCUCCAUCCAAAACCAAGGAACAACAUAAGCUGGUGGUGGGAAGGUGCCAUCGGCGUUACCAGGAAAUCCGGCGCAGAUGUCGCUGCACCUCAGACCAAUUACUAGAAGUUCCUUUCACCGAAGACCUGCCCCUGAUUGAGAUCCGCAAAUUUCUACUACUCCCUGGAGGACCUGUUGUUCGGGGAGACGACGACGAGGAAGCAGGGUCGGCCGCUGACAUGGUCCGUCCACCGCCCAGGCCAGGGGUUCUCGCCGUACAGUUUGAUGAACGUGAUCGGAUCCUUGUGCGCGUACGCCGCCAGGGGUAACCGACUGCGUUAGACGUGGAUCUGGUGGCGGAGCACCAGAUCUGGGCGACGGUGAACCCGAACAAGAAGGACGAGGCGUUUAAUGUGAUGAACGGGGAUGUGUUCAAGUGGAAGCAGCUGUGGAAGGUGCUGGCGGAGCAGUUCGGGAUCGAGAAGCAGGGGAUGGAGGAGGCAGAGGGGCUGCGGGUGGGGGCGCUGGCAGAGAUGAUGAAGGGGAAGGAGAAGGUGUGGGUGGCGGCUGUCAUGUAGAAGGAAGAAGAAAAGAGGAGGGAGAAGG